AGCUCGAGAUCCUCGUCUCGCUGUACAGCUACUCUCCUCCGCUGCUCGCAGCUCACAGCCGCAGUAGGCGUCCGAGUGUGCGAUCAUCAUCUCGCGCUCUGCGCUCAGUUGUAAAAGCGACUCCUUCGCACUUUUCUCGCAGCUAUUAACUUGCAUCCGAGCACAACGAUUAUCCAGACAGUCGGCGAGGAUAGCGAGGAAGUGCGGGGAAAGGAGAAAAUGCGGAGGAUCCGCGCAUCGCGACGCCGCGGAGCUGCUGCACCGGCCGAUGAUGCGAGUGUCCCGUACUACUACGAAGCCGCGACGCGCGUCCAUUGAGAGAACCUCGUCUUCUCGCCUCUCGCGCGCAUACAUACUACCCGACUCUUGUGUGUCCGCGUGUGUACAACAAUCUUAUUGCACCGCAGCUGAAUUGCAGAGCUCCGUGCGAUCCCCAUACAGUGUGUGAUAUAUAUAUAUAUACAUACAUAUAUAUAUAUAUAUAUAUAUAUACAGUGAGAGUUUGUUCGGUUCCGUUCGCGAGUGAGACAGACGUGAAGGUACACUCUCUACCUUCAAUUUUUUUCCCAAGCGAAAGAGAGAGGGAGAGCGUGGCUUCUUUCUUUCUCCCGCUGCUGCAGGCCCUAUGUCUCUGCCCUGCGUCGACCUCCUCUCCUGGACGAGGAGGAGGAAGCCCCGCCGCCUGAGAGCAUAGCUCCGCAUAUACUCGAGUCAGCGCGCUAUAUCGUAGCUACCUGUGCUGCUACUUGGCUGCUUUUGUACAGGAUGCAGAAGAGCCUCGUCUAGCGGCGGCGAGAGGGACAACUGCAUAUAGGUUGUGUACGAGAGAGGAGAGAGAGAGAGAGCUCCAGAGGAGAAAGAGAGAGAAAGAUAGAGGACUGCGGAGGGAACUGUUGCGCACGAACGACGCCAGCGAAACGGAGUUCAACAUAUUUCGAAUCAAGAUGUCCUCGGGCCACAGCAGCAGGAGUCGAGCUGUGCAUAUCAGCUCGAUCUUCCAGAAGCUGCAGGGGCGCUUUGCCGAUGCCAUGACACCACCAAAGCUCUCCACGGACAAGCGGAUGCUUGACAAGACGUGGAAGCUGAUGGACAAAGUUGUCAAGCUGUGUCAGCAUCAGCGCAUGAACCUCAAAAAUUCACCGCCGUUCAUACUGGACAUAUUGCCAGACACAUAUCAGCGUCUCAGGCUCAUCUACAGCAAAUACGAAGACCGCAUGCAUGUGCUUCACAAUAAUGAGCACUUCUGUGUUUUCAUAAACAAUUUAAUGAGAAAGUGCAAGCAGGCGAUCAAGCUCUUCAAGGAGGGCAAAGAGAAGAUGUUCGACGAGUCAUCUCAUUACAGGAGAAAUCUGACAAAACUGAGUUUGGUAUUUAGUCACAUGCUCUCAGAGCUCAAGGCUAUCUUUCCAAAUGGAGUGUUUGCCGGUGAUCAGUUUCGCAUUACCAAAUCGGAUGCUGCUGAAUUCUGGAAGGAACGCUUUGGCAACAGCACGCUGGUGCCCUGGAAAGUGUUCAGGCACGAGCUGAACCAGGUCCACCCCAUCAGCUCGGGAUUACAAGCAAUGGCGUUAAAGUCGACGAUAGACCUGACCUGCAACGGUUACAUAUCUAAUUUCGAGUUCGAUGUUUUCACAAGGUUGUUCCAGCCGUGGUCGACGUUGCUGCGCAACUGGAAGAUCCUCGCGGUGACGCACCCGGGCUACGUGGCCUUUCUCACCUACGACGAGGUCAAGGCUCGACUGCAAAAAUAUUGCAGCUCCAAGCCCGGCAGCUACGUGUUCCGUCUGAGUUGCACGAGGCUCGGCCAGUGGGCCAUCGGAUACGUCACCUCCGACGGCGACAUACUGCAGACCAUACCGCACAACAAGAGCCUUUGCCAGGCGCUGCUCGACGGCUACCGGGAAGGAUUCUAUCUGUACCCGGACGGACGUAACAUAAAUCCGGACCUGACGUGGGCGGUCCAGCCAACGCCAGAGGAGCACAUAAAGGUCACCGCUGAACAGUACGAGCUCUACUGCGAGAUGGGCAGUACGUUUCAGCUCUGCAAAAUAUGCGCUGAACACGACAAGGACGUCAGAAUAGAGCCCUGCGGACACUUGCUCUGCACGCCCUGUCUCACCGCUUGGCAGGAUUCCGAAGGUCAGGGAUGCCCGUUCUGCCGAGCGGAAAUCAAGGGCACCGAGCAAAUAGUCGUCGAUCCAUUCGAUCCACGACGGACGCAUAGACCUGGCGCCCAAUCGGCUACUGCAAGCAACGCUUCGACGCCAACGAGGGAUCUGGAUCCUGAUACUGAGGCGAUAAUGGAGUUAAUAAAUGGAAACUGCGGUUCACUGUCGAACGAUACAGACGAUGAGGAGGACUCAUCGCCAGCAAGUUCGCCUCUACCUGCGAGGCGCAUAGUACCGAGUCCACCUUUACCACCACGUCGAUCCUCGCCUUCGCCGACAUCUAAUAACAUCACUACCAGCGGAGGAGGCGGUAGUAACAAUCAUCUUAGAAACGGAAGGCAUUUGACGGUACCCAAAGAAAAUGCACCUCCACCACCAUUGCAACAACAGCAACAAUUGUUGCAGCCUACUGCUCCACCGCCGGUCACUGUUAUCUUGUCAGCCAGUGAUAAUGCGCCGAACAACAAAGGUAUGAUGAUUAUUGAAUCACUAAGAGACAAUUAUCCUUUUUCCUCGUAUUUCAUAAUAGUUCUUGUUCUUGCAGCAAGUACAGAAGCAAGGUAUGACAUGCUCCAUCGAGCUUCUUCGCCGUCACCAGUACCACCAAGACCCCAGAGCGCAAGGCCACACCGGACACCUCCAGCCCUUCCUGAAAAGUCGCCAUCAACUGCACGCCUCUCUGCAUCCUCGCGAGAUCUUAUACAGCAGCAGCAAUCUUCAACAUCAGUGCCUCCAGUACUACCACCCCUUUCUGCUCCCAGGCCGCCCAAAGGACCGUCUAAGGACGCCACUGGCGCGCCCAAGCAGGAUCAUUUGUACGAAAAUACGAUAAUGAUUCCGGGCACGAAGCAACAUGUUGUUAAAAAUAUUAAUGUUGAGCUGAACAAAGCCCGACUGACGGCGCUGAUGAAAGGCAAAGAUGAAAGCGGUCGGCCGAUACCAAAGACGACCGAAACCGCGGCUUAUGAAAACAUCAAUGUUGAGCAUAUAUCGAGGUUGAUGGCCCUUGGUUUUGCCCAGGACGCAGUGAUACGCGCUCUCGGAAUUACGAGGAAUGAUCUGGAGAUGGCUUGCGACAUUCUCCACGAAUUCGCGCAGAAAUCAUCUUGACCAGGAACAAAUAGUGAGGAUUCAUGACCACCUUUGCCUGCUAGAAGGUAUUUUUGACGGGGAAGUCGUAUCAGGAAGAAUCGGAACUACCUACCUCCGACGCAGAGGGACGACCACUGACACUUGCAGCCAAUGAGUAGCUGCGCAGCGAGAGCGAGCUGAUAUUAUAGUGUCAGACAAAGAGUCGCGGGAAGCACGAUUUCUCUCACUUCGUUCGAUGACGACUGAUUGUCACUGUUAUACGCACGUGCUCCUUUCCCUUACUCACACUCUUCAUCUUUGCGGGAUCCUUGUGUUUCUUAUGGCUUCUCGAAGAAUGGAGCUGUUGCUGCUGUGCUCGGGCACAAGAAAAUGAGACUGAGGUAUUCUCGGGGUUCUAUUAGUUCUCUUGUUCGUACAUUUAAGUCGAGUGAUGUAUGCAGAUGUAGUAUGGUAUGCAAUUAAAGGGACGUAUAGAUUGUUUGCGAAGCAUCGAAAUUGUCGGAAUUAUCGCUAACCGCGAGCGAUAAAUUUUUAACAAGUGUUGGACGAAGAUUAUUUAGAGUAUCAAAAAGAUGAGAUUUAAGCCGGCAGUCCGGUAAAAAUUUGAACAGACUGUAUUUGGAGGUAUAAAAUAAGUAAGUAACACAUGGCUAUGAGCACUAAACAAAAACACUGAAGCGAGUAAAAAGAAAUAUUUUAAAUUUUCGUGGUACAACCUAAAAAUAAAUGUAUAUUUCCAUUGUCUCAAUCGUUACAUGUAUAACAUAAGACUUUUUGAAAAAUCAAUGCAAAACGGCAACGUUCUUCCCGGUUUUUAUAAAUAAAUGUUUAAAUAAUUGUUGUUAAAAGUUACGAUCAAAAUUGUCUUACGAGCUCAAACACAUUUUGAUCAAGCUAAGCGUAUGCGUAAAAGAAGUCUAAAAUUAACAAAGUAGAAUAAACACCAAAAGGCAGUCCAUAUUCAAAUGUUCAAAGUAAAGUAAAAAUCUAACGAUUUUUGAAUGACCAAUUAGUGUUCAAAGAUGAAUUAUGGCUUAUCAACUUUAGUAGACUAUAUGAUCAAGUGUAAAUGUUUUAACUAUUUCCAUUUGGCUUUACAAUGUUUCACGAUAAGUAUAUUUUUAAACGUCCAUGUAUAUUUUUUGUAUUAUUUCACUAAUUAAGUUUUAAUUUGUAUUAAUUUGUAUGUAAAAUAUCUGCUUCUAUGCAAAUAAUUUAUUUUUGUAUAAUAAUUUAGUUUGGUUUAACUUUUUAUUGUUUUAAUGUAAUGUAGUAAGUACAUUUUUUAUUUCCCUUGUAUUAUAGAAACAUUUUUCUGUGAUAUUUAAUAUUCAAUUCAUAUUCAGUUAGAUUUAGUACUAUUAUAACAUAGUACAAAGUGAACAUUUCGACGCUUUCGAUGCUACGUGAGAGUUUUUGACGCUCAUCCGUUCUAUGAGGGUGUGUACAACUUGUUGCACAAAACUGCUGCAAAUAUGCAAUUCGUAAAGCUAAGUUUCCCUUUUUUAACAAAAAUAUUCAUAAACCAUAAACCGUCGAAGAUCAUAGUAAAAUAGAAAUUUACUUUUAGCUGUAAGGAUUUUUGAAUGCAUAAAGACACUUUGUUUAAUGUUAGUGGUUAUAUAAUUAUUGGAAUUGAAAAUGUUUUUCUUUAACUUCACACACUUUUAAAUAAUAACUAUAAAUAAUAUUUUCUGAAAAUUGGAACCUCUAUGAUUUUAACAUUUUAUAUGAUUAUAAUACCUUAAAAAUUUUUCAUGACUUUUUAUAAUUGUGUAAGGCACCUAAGUUCUUUUAUAUAUACUUAAUAAAUCAAUUCAAACGAGUUUUGUUCACAAAGAGAAACUAUUGCUUGUUUGAUAUUUAUUUAUUGUACCGUAUCAGAUACAUUGUGAUAUUUAUGUUAAAACUUGUACGUAAUCAGUAUCUAAUACAUUUGUCCCUUAUGAUUGUAAAAACUUUAACUUUGCUGUCGAUCAAUCGGUAAACGAAAAAUCCAAUGCAACAAGGAACUACAGUGCAUUUCCUAAUACUAGCAAGCAAAAAUAAUAUUUUUAAAUUGGCUUCUAAUUUCUUGUUCAUAUCUCGCCAAAAGCCCCUAGUAUAAAAAUUUCGUAUUUUUUAUCAUUAAAUAACCGUUUUCUUAGUCUUUGAUGAUAGUUAUUAUAAUAAUAAAGUCGCUGUAAACUUAAAUAUCUCUAAUCUGGAUUUUGAAAAGAAGAACAAAUAUCUCUAUCUAUUAGUAGCUCACAAAAAUGAAAAAGUUGGAUAUUUUUCUACUAGGGAAUGAAAUUUCAUCACGUUAUUAAUUAGUUGAUGACGUGAAUUAAAAAUUUCACUGAUAUAAAUUGUACUUGGGAGUUCUUAGACAAGUAGCCUACUGUUGAGGAGAGAAGAAAGUUCACUGAGCGAGGCUACGCACACACGUUAAUGUUUAUUUAUUUCUUAUAUACGAAACUCAUUCGUAACUAUAAAUCAUUUCAGUGUAUACAUUCAUGAAAAUAUAAUACUUUAUGAAUAUGAAGAAAAAUAGUGUACAGCUUUGAUCGAGAAUAAUAGCAAUUCAUUAAAGUAGCGAGCAACUGUACUGAAGUUGAAAAUAUUAUAAUCGUAUAUAUAGCGUAGUAUACUGCAGUUGCCUCGUUGCUAUUUUUUGAUUUUUAUUAUCAGAUAAGAAGAAAAAUAAUUCACAUCACCGCAAAAAUAAACGAAUAAAUAAAUAAAACGAUCCUCGAAAUGUAUCAACUAUAUUUCUCUCUCUCCCCUACUUCGGAAAAAUGUGUAUAUUAAAUAAUAGACGGUUGAUCCCUGGAUCUGCUUUGGAAAAAAUAAGAAAUGUCAGCGAUUGAGAUUACUUAGCUCCUAUACGAGACUAUAAGUAUAUAGUGCAUACACACCCGCGUUGUUUGCGGAGCGAGCGCAAUAAAUCGCUGUGAAAUAAAACUUUAUUAUUAUCUUCAUGAUUACAUUCUAGUCAGACAUGAGUAUCUUACGUUACAUUGAAGCAUACAUUUCUUUGAUUACUAAUGACAAAAAGACAACAAAUGUCUUUAUACAAAUUUAUUCUCUUUAACAAAAUUUACAUUAAAUAUAGUACGAUAACACCAAGAGUAAAGUGUUGAUUGUUUUAAUUAUUAAUCACAAAUGUUUACUCUCAAGGCGUUUGCUUCAAAGUAGCUCAAGUAAUUCAUGCCUGUUAGUAUAAAUGAAUCCUUUAUAGAAAAGUUUUUUCCACCAUUUCUGUAAGACAGUUAAAAUAUUAUUGACAAUUAUUAAAAUCCAUCAGAUUCAAAUCAAUGUAUUUGAAUUAAGUUUAUAGCAGCAUUUUUUUCAGGUGAAAACUUUUCUAGCGAGAAUUCCUGUCAGCAUGUGCAAAUUACUAUUUUAUUCAAUUAGAUAUUGUUUUCUAAAGCAUAAGCACACAUCACGUGGAUAUGGUAAGCGAAAUGCGAUUGAUAAAUUAUUCUUUGGUAUUAGAACCACCUGAAUCUUUAAAUUCCUGGUCUGUACACCAGCUAGUGAAUGUAACGUCCUAUUUUUCUACAUUGAAUAUUACCGUUAUCGUAUCCUGUAAUGUGUUAUUCAUGUGUAAGUACGUUACAUAGGGUUAAAAAAGUAAAGAAAUUAAUAAGGAGCGUGUAAGAGAUAAAAAAAUUAUUCGAGGCCUCAGAAGCUUUGAAGAAGAAGAACUAUCAGAACAGUCACUCUACGGUAAAUUAGAAAUUGAAAAUAAAUUUAAAAUACCUAUGUGGUGCAAUACAUAGUGUAUAAUCUUUUUUUAUUUAAUUGUCGUCUGUAUAAAUUAUUUUAUGUAUUCCUCAAAAAAUAAAAUAAUACAUUUACAAAAUGA